GCCGCCAUGUUGCUGCCGUCUGAAAGAUGUUCGCAACUGUAUGUGUUUACUAAUGAGUUUUGAAGACCUACAUAGUUAAAUUACUGUGUUUGUGAAAUUGUGAGUGUACAAUGAUUUUAUACCACAUAUAUUGAUGUGAUUGUAAAGUAAAUCAAAUGUCUCUGAAGCCAAUAGACAGUGAAAUUUUCUUUAGAUAGUCAUUCGGUUCGGACGGCAUAAUGGCUGACAAUCUGAUUCAAAAGUCACAUAAAACUAGUGAAAAAAACAAGUAUAACAACGUCAUACAUCGUACAACGAGUGAAUCUCUUCGGCUGAACGAGUCGGAGAAGGGAGUGACUCACCCCACAAGUCUGCAAGCCGCCCAUAACCCAAGGAAAAUAUCUUCGUUUCAGAUCACCAGUGUGACGCUCGGCUCCCGAGUGAGCACAGAUGCAGGCGAAGACUCCGCUGAUGAUCUAGAUGAAUCUCACACCGACGACAUAUCACGGGUGACUGAUAUAGAGAAUGAAACACCAAGUUUCUCGGAAGAUACAUUUUCUAAAGACGACGUGUUCUACAACGCGUCCAGCACAUCUCUAGGCUGCGCACCUGUUAUACCCACCAGCUCUCAAUACGGACUCGCGAUAGUCGGCCAGGACAACGCCAACAAUCAGAUAGGAAGUUCAGUGCCAAAUAGUAAUAACACAGAAGCGAAUGAUAUGCACGUCAGUGUCACUAACGCAAGUGCUGGUAGCAUUAUUAAUCUCAUAGGAAAUGCUAAACCUCAAGAAGGUAUGAAAGAAAUUCAAGAACAUGUCAGAAAUGAACGUUUCAAAGUUGUUAAAAUUGAAAGUACCGAGCCGUUUAGAAGAGGUCGAUGGAUAUGCAUGGACUAUCUUGAUCAUAGUACAUCCCAGCAAAAUGCACCCAUCACAUUAAAUAACAAUCAAGAUGUAACUGAAACCAAUACAUUGCAAGCUCCCGAUAGUGGUGUGGUGAUAAAUGAUAGUCAGCAUGAUGAAGUGCCUAAUGAUCUAUCAAAUAAAUGCCCUAAUAUGUCAGAUCUCCAAGGAAAUGCUCCUACAGUUCAGCAAUUGGAGCAAGCUCUUCAAAAACAGUUCCCUAUGGCCUCUCCGGGACAGUCACUAACUCAACCAAUAAAUGUAGUACAACAACAAAUGCCCGUGUCACAGCCGAUUACUGUUCAGUCUCCACCAUUAGAAAUGCCACAACAGAUAUCGAAUCAAAAUAUGCAAGGGAGUCAACAAGUAGGUCAACAGCAUCCACAAAGCAUGACUCACAUAACAAUGCAGAAUGCAGCGCAGGGGCAUCCACAGCAAAACCAACAACAGCAAGUCCAACAAAUCACACAAAAUUUCCCACCACAUCAGUUGCAGCAAGUCAUUGCUCAGACACAGGGCAUAACUAUGCAACAAAUACCUAUGCAUCAACAAAUGCCACAACAGAUGCAGCAAAUGCCAAAUCAACAAAUGCAGCAAAUGGGUCAGCAUAUCCCACAAGCACAGAUUCCUAACAUGCAGAUGCAACAACAAAUGCCACAAAUGCAGGCUAUGACGAACCAAGGACAAAUGCCACAAGUUCCUACUCAGCAACCUCAGAUGCAGCAAAUGCAAAUGCAACAAAUGCAAGGCCAACCAAAUCCACAAUUACAUAUGCAACAAACCCAAAUUACCAACAUGGGUCAGAGUCACCAUUUGCAAAGCCAACAGUCUAUGGGCACUCAGCAAGCACAGUUGCAGCAUUUGCCAAGUCAGGCACAAAUCCAAGCUUUACAAAGUCAACAAAUACCAAACCACAUACAGCAGAUGCAAAUGCCAACUCAAUUAACUAAUACUAACCAGCAAAUACCACAAAUGCAAACACAGAUGCAUCAACUGUCUUCGCAACAGCAGCAAACUGUUGUUCCUGGAAUGCAUCCUCAGAUGAGUCAACAAGGCAUGCCAACUGUCCAGCAGCAAUAUAACCAAGCUGUAAAUCAACAAUCCACUGCACAGUCUAUGAUCAAUCCUAAUAUGCCUUCAUCUCAGCCACAAAUGGUACAACACAGUGUACCUCAGUAUCAUACUCAACAAUCGCAAAUGAGCCAACAAGGCCAGACUUUACCACAAGAGGUGCUCUCAACUAUUGUUACUUCUCAGCAAGGUGCAACACUUCCUACAAACCUCCAGCCUAUGGCUUCUCAACCCCAAGGUACAACUUUGCCUGCGAAUCUCCAAAGCCUUGCUGGACAACAACCCACCACUAAUGUUCACCCAAUGGCCCCGCAACAAGGAAAUGUUCCUCAAGGAAACUUGCAGAUGAUGUCUGCCCCACCCCAGAAUAUGCAGAUGACUCUGGACGGGAAUCAGCCCAGUAUGCAGAUACCCGCCACAGAUCCUAUAUUCAUGCAAACUACGAAUGUCGGACAGCAAUUACCUGUUGGACAACAUAUGGCCCAACAGAAUAUGUUACCACAACAAGUAGGUGGUCAAGGUCAGAUGGGGGCAGUUCAGUAUGUACCGAAUCAGUCAGUGACAAUGGCACAUCAGAACAUGUCAAUGUCAAUGCAGCCUACCAUGCCUGUGGGAAUGGGCAGCGGAGUGCAUCCAAAUGUGGUGCCAUCGCAGACAAGCAUGGGUCUGGGUUACGGAGGUGUUGUGCCAGUCAUGUCUCAAAGCAAUGUAGCUCCUGUAGAGGCAACUGUAUCAGGAACCAACUCACCGGUAGUGUCAUUACCAGUAAACUCGACUGCAUAUGUGACGAACACACAACCAGGACAUGACAGUCAAGGCUUUGGCAGCCCUGUGAGUGCGGUAGUGUCUCAUGCGAUCAGUGGUGCAGUGGUAAGCAAUGUGAAUGUGAAUGCAUGUGAAAGUGGUGCUCCUGAUGUUUCUGCUGAGGCGAUGCAACCUGGAGAUAUAGGCGAUGGUAAAGAGGAAACCCAGAAUGCACCACCUCCAGAGGAUGAAAGGUACUAUGAUUGUCUGCGACGCACACCGACACCUAUCAACGGGUUGGCGUUGGCGCUCGUCGGCAGCGGUGGAGGCAGUCCGGCGACAGCGUCUGAAUCUCGUGACCAAACGACUACGUCGUCUCGUGCGCCUUCUCCGCCUCUCUCCGAACGACAGCAGCACACCAGGUAGAUGCGCUCUAUACUCGGAACGUUUGGCUUCUCCUGGCUAUUGUUAUCAUUACUCUUAUGACGAGGAACGCAAGCUUUACCCGUUGUAUUAUUGU